AUGUCAAUUAUCACUGGAGUCUGGAAAUAACUAAUCCCUCAAAAGCUUGACUAAACGUAACCUCAAAGUUAUUUAUAUAAAUCUUGAAAUAUCUCAUUACAAGCUUUUAGAUUUUUAAAGAAUUUAAAUAAUAUGGCUGCAGAAAUUCAAAAGAAAUUGCAAAAGGAACUCGAAGUGUUUAACAGUCUUCAAAAAGAAUAUCAAAAGGCAGUUUCGCAAAAGCAGCAAUUAGAUGGUCAAUUAAAUGAAAACAAAGCUGUGAAAGAAGAAUUAAUGCUAUUAAAGAAAGAUUCUGAGGUAUAUAAACUAAUUGGGCCUGUAUUAGUUAAACAAGAAUUGGAAGACGCAAGACAGAACGUAGCUAAACGAAUGGAAUACAUAAGCAAAGAAAUAAAAAGAACAGAUGUUCACAUCUCCGCAUUAGAGAACAAGCAAGAGGCAAUCCAAGAAAAUGUUAAUAAGCUUAGAAAUAAUCUUGGCAAUUUAAAAAUUGCAGCUUAAACAUGUUAAAAUAAACUUGAAUUAUAUUAUAACUAUUUAUGCUGUUAUUCUCACAUCAUUAUUUACCUAAUUUGGAGUUUCUUCUUAAACAUUUUCUUUCUUAAAUAUGUUAUGUAUUUUAUAUUAGCAUGUGAAGUAGGUACUUUUCUAAAAAAUGUUUUAAGUCAUCAAAAUCUAAAUUUGCCGUUUAUUUUUUGUUAUAUGAACCCUUGGUCUGAGUCAAAAUAAGGGGAGGGAGGGGUACCCAAGAAAAAUGAUCAUAUAAAACCAGUAACUAAACUGAUCAAUUCCUCUAAUGAUAAUGAAACAUAUACAAAAAGGUAUUUAAUAAAUUAAUGCAACUUAAAGAAAUUACAUUAUAUUUUCUGGUACAAUUUAUACCAUUAUUUAGUCUAAAAUUAAUGUUAAUAAUUUAAAUAAAACAUUUAGUAAUAAA